GAUAAUUUGGUAAUCUCUCGGCCAAAUGAUUUUAUAAAGGAGGAUCCUGAACUAAAUUUGGAGGUGGCAGCCUCAAUAAGAAAUGCAUCUGAUAGUUUAAGUUUCAUUCAAAGUCCUGGUGACAGCUGUAACGUUUCGUCUCAAGAAGCAUUACAUCAAGGACUAGUCAAUGACGAUCUGGAGAUAGAUACAGAGAUGACAACAGAUGUCAGUAUGUCUCACAACUAUACCAAGUUACAGACUUCACAAGAAGACAGCUUAUGUGGCACGAGAUUAAGUUGUAGCGUCAGGGAAAAGGAAUUCCAUAAGUUUAACUGUAGUUUCUGCCUACAGAGCUUCCCUUCAAAAUACAGACUAAUAAUGCAUGUCUUCAUCCACAUUGAUGGUGUGCAGGCACCUGCAUAUGUGUGUAAGUCAUGUGGUGAGGUAUUGCCCACUGAUGACAGCUUGAAAGAACAUUUGAGAAUGAGUGAGGGUGACCAAGCAUUAUCAGCUGCCAACAGUGAGAAACUUGAAUGCAGUGAGGACCAUGAAAACAUCAUCUCCAUAGAAAGUGUACAAGAAGAAAUCGUGGAACAGACUGAGAAGCAAUCUUCAUCCAAGGAAACCAGGAAAACUUUAAGGAAAUCCUUUAGUGACAUAUGGAAUACACAUACUGUGACACAAGUUGCAGAGAAACUCAGAUGUGAUGACUAUGGAAUUAUGUGUACAAGUGAUCAUCUUAAUGUCCACACUGUGCUAAGUGCAAAAAGACAUCACAAAUGUGAUAGUUGUGGUAAAUUGUUUACUCGUUCGGGCAGUCUCAAGGUACACGAAUUAAUACACACGGGAAAGAGACCCCACAAAUGCCGUGUUUGUGGAAAAUCGUUUACUCAGUCGAGCACUCUCAAGACACAUGAAUUAAUACAUACAGGAAAGAGACCCCAUGAAUGCGGUGUUUGUGGAAAAUCGUUUACUCAGUCGGGCAGUCUCAAGACACAUGAAUUAAUACAUACAGGAAAGAGACCCUACAAAUGUACUGUUUGUGGCAAAUCGUUUAUUGGUUUGGGGAAUUUCAAGGUACAUGAAUUAAUACACACGGGAAAGAGACCCCACGAAUGCGGUGUCUGUGGAAAAUCGUUUACUCAGUCGGGCCAUCUGAAGACCCACAAUUUAAUACACACAGGAAAGAGACCCCACUAGUGCGAUGUUUGUGGAAAAUCUUCUACUGAGUCGAGACAUCUCAAGAGUCACUGAUAAAUACACACUGGUAAGAGACCCUACAACUGUAAUGUUUGUGAAAAUCGUUUAUUCGUUCGGGCAAUCUCAAGGCACACGAAUUAAUACACACAGGAAAGAGGCCCCACGAAUGCGGUGUUUGUGGAAAAUCGUUCACCCUGUCGGGCCAUAUGAAGACCUAAAGUUAAUUCACACAGGAAAGAGACCUCACGAAUGCAAUGUUUGUGGAAAAUCGUUUACUUAGUUGAGCCAUCUCAAGAGGCAUUUGUUGACACACAAAAAAGACCCUACAAAUAUAGUGUUUGUGGUAAAUCGUUUCCUCGAAGAGGCAGUCUCAAGCAACAUGCAUUAAUACACACUGAACAGGGACCACACAAAGUCAAUGUUGGUGGCAAAUCGUUUUCAGAACUGGGUCAUCUAAAAACACAGAAAUUAAUACACGCAGGAAUGAGCCCCUACAAAUGAUACUUGUGGCAAAUAUUUUUCUUAUUCUGGUAAUCUCAAGGAGUCAUUAGUACACACCAGUAAAUGACCACGCAAAUGUAGUAUUUAUGGCAAAUUUUAUAAAAACUCGAGUAACCUCAAGAAACAGCUAUCACUACACACUGAAAAAAAGGCUACACAGAUGUGAUAUUUGCUGGGAAUCUUUUACUCUGGCCUAGCAUAUUUAGAAGCAUCCAAUAAUACACAUUACAUAGAGACCACUUGAAGUUUUGUUGAGGUCUGUAGACUUAAACAUGUUCAAAGGAGACCACAAGUAUGUUAUGAAUAUUGUUUGCAUGUGCUACAGAAAGGUCACAAAAAAUAUGACAAAUCCGUUUUCACAGCUUCAUGUUCAAAGACGUUGCAUACUAAAUACAAUAUAUUAAGCACACAAUUGCAAUUUUUGGUUGUAAAUGCUCCAUGCUAUAACGAUCUGUCUACCAGAAAUUGGUGCAUUGAGAGAUAUGUUACUCGUUUGAGUAGAAGUCCUAUGCAGUAAUCACGACUCCAUAUUCUUCAAGAGAAUUUACCAGUAUGUUGCUAAUUAUUUGAAAGAGACUGCCAUUUCAAUAUUCAUGAAGCUGUAUGCAGUACCCAGGCGACAGCAUAAAUGUGUUUAUUACACGUCCAUCACUCAGGCUAUUUUUCUCAACGAUGGAGAAAGACACAAGAAUAUCAUGAUUAUGCAAACAUGUUACUGAGGUAUGCCUCCUUAAUAGUAAUGCUAUUUGUGUGAUCAAAAUUUGCACACAUGUGAACUAUCUGUGCUACUUCUACAUUAGGAAAUAACUGAUGGUGGUAAGAAUGCAGAGAUCAGGCAAAAAUAGCACUUUCAGACUGCAAUACAACAGU